AUGACCACGCAAGAUGAAAAGAACCGAGACAGUUUCUUGCUUACUGCGGGGCCAGCUUUAAUCUCUGGUGCUGCUCAGGCCGUUUUGUUCAAUCCGUUUGAUAGGGCCCUCUACGUGAGAGUGAUGUACCGUCGUCAUCACUUUCUUGACCGCCGUAACUUCGAACACCCCUUUCAGGGAUUUGUGAACGCUGCCGUUUACCGUACACUAGUGGCUGCUUCAUAUUUGUUCUGGCAGGACUCCACACGCAUCUUCAUUGACAGGUAUAUGCCAGCGUGUUUCCAUGCGUCUAAUUCCCCCGGUGUUAACGCUUUUCUCAUUGGUGCCGUCGCAGGUACUCUCAACGGUAGUCUACUGAACGGAAUGCAGGUUGUAAAGUACCGUAUGUGGAGUGUAGAAGAGAAAUUUUCAUUUUUUCACGUCACGCGCAACGUAUAUGAGGAGAAGGGGUUAUCCAUCUUCUUUCGGGGUAUUGUGGCUACAAUCCUUCGUGACAGUGUGUUUGGCAUAGUGUACGAAAUGUGCAGGAAUAGCCGAAAUGUUCAUUGUUUCUUUACUUUUUUGGGACAGAGCAUCACCCAGAAGGCACAGUACCUUGGCUUGGCAUCACCAGCAUGUAGCCACGCGACUGAUAACAAUUCCCCAUCACCUUUCGUGGCGGCGUCACAUAACUCCGGUGAGGCGUUAUCUACCCAUCGUGCAGAAAAGCCAUCAGUCGAUAGCGCAGUUUUUGCCUCCAACCUCUUCGCUGCAAUGCUCGCCUCUGUGUUUAGUUCGCCGUUUAACUACGUACGUUCUGUCGUUUACGGUGUUCCGUCAGGAUCCGGACCGGUGCGUUACAUUCAGUUAUUGCAGUUUCUCUACUUACAAACUCUUUUUGUAUACCGUAGUGGUGAGAGUUACACGAGUGUUCAUGCCACUCAUGGUGGAAGCGAAAGGGUUGCAAUGAAUCAACAGGAUCCGUUGCGGACUCGACUGAUGGAGCGGUCAACUCAGCGGCAUCGUUACCCGAUGGCAGCGCUUCGGUGGAUGAAUAGUCGAUUGAAUAUCGGGUGGGGAUCCGCACGUGUUGGCCUCGGUAUGGCCAUUUCGCAGAGCAUUUUCGUAUUCGUCCAGAGCUGCUGGAAGGCUGUUUGA